ACGCCUGAAUGUGACGAAGAAACAUGAGCGGAUAUUUUUACUAUCAUAGCGGAGAACACUCUUUCCACAAUAGCACUUGAAGUGUAUUCCUCUGACGGCCGAGAAUUGCGAACAAGAACACUCGACCCUGUCGUCAGUAUCACAGCAUCGAAGACUAUCGCCCGAAUUCCGGCGGGCAGUCCACCUUCCGCAAGGUUUUACAGUUGCCGAUCAUUCAGGCAGGAGGAUUGAAUCGGCGGAAAUGUGGAGUGCGCAAUUUGCUCUCUCACACGGAGAACAGAGCUAUUUCAUUGGAAAAGGACGUUGGGGGUCGGAGGAUUGCAUAGAAUCAUUGUCAGACCACUACGGACAAGCAUUUUUGAACGAGAGCUGCAGCUGCGGAGCAGCUUAGGGUUCAGAGAACGAGAUUUUGUUCCAUUUUCGUUGAUCAUUGUGUUUAAUAUUUCGAGAACUGUACCCCCAGAAGAAUACCCGUGUAGAGAAGCGUGUUUAAGCGGACGAAUUGGCCAAUUGUCGAAUAGGUGGUAGAUUGAAAUUAAAGGUCCCAUCGGAUUCCAAUGGAGCCGGCAAGCUCCAUCAGAAAUAUCUGCAUUUUAGCCCAUGUGGAUCAUGGGAAGACAACGAUGGCAGACCAUCUAAUUGCAGCCGCGGGUGGAGGAUUGGUGCAUUCUCGACAGGCGGGCAAAUUGAGGUUCUUGGAUUACAGGGACGACGAGCAACAACGGGCAAUCACCAUGAAGAGUGCGUGCAUUCGUCUUAGAUUCAAAGAUCAUGUCAUCAAUCUGAUAGAUUCGCCGGGACACGUGGAUUUCUGCAGUGAGGUUUCUACAGCUGUGAGGCUGAGCGAUGGCGCUCUGGUUCUGGUGGAUACUUGUGAAGGAGUGCACAUUCAAACACAUGCUGUACUACGACAAGCUUGGUUGGAGCGCCUCAGGCCCUGCUUAGUUCUCAACAAAAUUGAUCGACUUAUCACCGAGCUGAAAUUUACUCCUGCCGAGGCUUACGCUCGCUGUCAGAGCAUAAUCAUGGAGGUCAAUAACAUUAUAAAUGCCUUCCGGUCAGAGAAAUAUUUGUCGGAUGUGGAUUCGAUUCUCACUAAACCUUCUUCAACGGGCGAGGAAGCUGACGACGAAGAAGAGGAAGACGAAGAAGAUGCGUUUGCUCCAGAGCGAGGAAAUGUGGCAUUCGCCAGUGCAGGUGAUGGAUGGGCCUUUCGGAUAGACCAGUUUGCUGAUUUAUACGCUGCAAAAUUAGGAGCCAGCGCGAAAGUCAUGAAGAAGGCUUUGUGGGGCCACCACUACUUUGUACCCAAAACCAAGAAAAUCGUGGGCAAGAAGGCUGCAGCUGGAAAAUAUCAGCCCAUGUUCGUUCAGUUUGUGCUGGAGCCCCUCUGGAAGGUGUAUGAUGUUGCUGUUCAAGGCAAAGAUGGGGCCGAGAAGCUAAACAAAAUGAUCACCUCCAUGAAUCUGACCAUACCAGCACGUGAUCUACAGCAGAAGGAUCCGAAAUUGGUGCUGCAAGCCGUGAUGAGCAGAUGGCUGCCUCUAUCGGAAGCAGUGUUGUCCAUGGUCGUAGAGUGCUUGCCGGAUCCUGCAAGUGCAAUGCCCGAACGAGUUGAGCGUUUGCUACCGACUGAAGAGUUGCUGAAUGAAGCCAGCACAAAGAUUGAAGGCGAACUGGAAUCAGUGAGGAAGGCGGUGGAGGGCUGUGUUCGCAGUGAGGAUGCCCCCUGUGUAAUCUUUGUGUCGAAAAUGGUGGCUGUGCCAAUAGAAAUGCUGCCCAAACAAAAUGCGCAAGGGCAACACAUUUCUGAUUUGGAGAUAAGUACAGGAGAUACUGAUGCAGGUGGUCGAGAAUGCUUUCUUGCUUUCGCCAGGGUGUUCAGUGGAGUGGUUUCUGCUGGACAGAAGAUGUAUGUUCUCUCUGCCCUUUAUGAUCCCACAGUGCACGAGCUGGACAGCAAGCACGUGCAGGUAGCAACCAUCGAAUCCGUCUACCUGAUGAUGGGCAGGGGGCUAGAACCGCUGUCAGAAGCCAGAGCCGGACACUUGAUUGCCAUCAGGGGCCUUGGCCAACAAAUCUUGAAGACAGCCACACUUUCUAGUACUCCUCAUUGUUGGCCUUUCGCAAGCAUGAGGUUCCAGGCAGCCCCAAUCGUCCGAGUUGCAAUCGAACCCUCUGACCCUGCAGACAUGGGAGCCCUCGCCAAAGGUUUGAGACUGCUGAAUCGUGCCGAUCCAUUUGUUGAAGUGACUGUGUCAAACAGCGGGGAGCAUGUGAUCGCAGCUGCAGGGGAAGUUCAUCUAGAAAGAUGUAUCAAGGACCUGAAGGAACGUUUUGCUCGAGUUGACUUGGAAGUAUCACCUCCACUAGUGGCCUUUAGAGAAACUAUAGAAGAGGAGGAAGUAGGGGCCGUGAACCAUAACGGAGUAAUACAGACCGUCACACCCAAUGGGCGUUGCACCAUUCGAGUCCAGGUCUCGAGGUUACCGUCUGCUGUGACUCAAGUCCUGGAUGGCAGCUAUGACCUACUUAGAAACAUCAUCGAGGGUAACAAGGUGGCUUCCAGACCUAGCACAACCAGUAGGCAGGCAAGCUCGUACCCGGGAGAAAAGGGUGGAGAUGAUCCAGUUACAGGUCUGCGAAAUCGUCUGCUAGCUGCCGUUGAGAUUGAUACAGACAGCAUUGGGGUUCAGGAUGGCAGUAACAAGAAGGAAGAAGCCAAGAAGUGGAUGAGCAAACUGAAAAGGAUAUGGGCAUUGGGGCCACGACGUGUGGGCCCAAAUCUUCUAUUUCUCCCUGAUGAGUCUAGCCCUCUCGUUAAAGAAGGUGGCACUUCUGUCAGUUCGAUGAACGGGGAUGCAGAGGAUGUUGCUCUAGUGAAAGGCUAUGCACUCGUGUCAGAAAGAUUGGGGCUUGUGGAGAAGGAGGCCGACCGAAGCACCUCUGGUGAUGAUCACUCGUCUUUGUUUAAGGAGGUGGAAAGCUUGGAGAGUAGUGUUAUCUCUGGUUUCCAGUUGGCCACAGCUCAAGGCCCACUCUGUGAAGAGCCUAUGUGGGGUUUAGCCUUCAGCAUAGAGGUGUCAGUCAAUACUCGGGAAAGAUCAGGUACAGAUUCUGCUGAGAAUUCCGGCCUGGGGAGCGAUUCGGCUGCUGGUACCAGUGUGGAGAACUAUGGCGGUGCACUUUCGGGUCAGAUCAUGAGUGGUGUAAAGGAGGCUUGCCGUGCAGCUGUGCUGGCCAGAAACCCGAGAAUCGUUGAGGCACUGUACUUCUGUGAAGUGAGCACUACACCAGAUUUUCUAGGCCAAGUAUAUGCCGUGCUGAACCGAAGGCGAGCACGAGUAUUGAAAGAGGAAAUGAUGGAGGGGUCCGCAUUGUUCAUCGUUCAUGCCUACAUGCCAGUUUCAGAAAGUUUUGGGUUUGCUGACGAUCUGCGCCGAAAGACAUCAGGAUUCGCCAGCCCUCAACUAGUGUUGAGCCACUGGGAGUCCAUACCUGAAGACCCGUUUUUUGUUCCCAAGACAGAGGAAGAAAUUGAGGAAUUUGGUGAUGGUUCAAGUGUGCUGCAAAAUACCGCCAGAAAACUGAUUGAUUCUGUUCGCAGAAGAAAGGGCCUUCCUGUAGAAGAGAAGAUUGUGCAAUUUGCAACCAAGCAGAGAACUCGUGCUCGCAAAGUGUAGCGGAGAACAGUUGAAUCAGGGCAUUAUGCUACUCAUCGUGGAUCUUGCAGAUCAUUGCUAUCUUCUUCUCUGAUGAUGCUUCUUAUCAGUAUGAGCUGCCGAGACUUCUUUGCAAGGAUCUAUCCUAUCGCAGGAUGCACUUUAUCUCGCAAGGGCUCAAAAUCGGCAUGGCGCUGUGGACAGGUACGCUGGAGUGAGGUACUGUCUCCAAAACACAAGUAGGACUGAUCAGCUAAGAAUGAGACUCUUCUUUGUUAGACAAUUUUCUUGGAUCACCGUUGUGGUAUAGAUGGUUUCGAGGCUCUACUUCAAUCAACUGCUUGUUCGUCAAGCUGAUGUAAUCAUCACGGAUGAAACGGUUGCUCAAGUCAUCAGUGCAGUUGUACGUUAGGACCGUGAAACUCGUCCAGUAAAUAAAGCGUUAUAAAAGAUCACCGAGUUGCACGUUGUUUUUGGGGAAGGGUGUUUUACGGAAACUUAUGCGAGAAUGUACUGAACCACCAAGAUGUGUUGCUCACCAGAAAUUGCACCUGCAUAUGCAUUAUUCAC